AUGGCUCUGAAUAUCAACCCCGGCAGAGGCAUCCGGUUGCCCACUCUUCUCCUGAUAACCCUCCUCGUCGGCGGGUGCAAGCCGAUAGAUAUUCUCGACCCGGAACCAUGGACGAGGGGCUUUGGUUGGGACCCGCGCACGUCCGAGCUCGCCGCCAUCCUCGCUCCCCCUGCUUCAUCGACGGCUGCGGCGGCGCGACAAGCUGGUCCGGAUGAUCUCCACCCUAUCGACUUUCCAGCCUGGCCAUCAGCUAGCCACGACUCCCCCCUACCAGACUAUCGCCCUGCCGAGACUUCGACCGGGGAACGUCCCGCUGACUCCCUGGCUCAUGGGCAGGACAUGUCGUCUGACCCCGGCGAUUUUUUUGGAACCGGGUUCCGGAACAUUGAGAACCUCGACGACCUUGUAGCGCGCCUCGCAGGCGGAACACCAGGCUCGAAUGGCCUCGCGGCGGCAGGGGCUUCACAGGCACAUUCUGAUAUCCCGCAUGCACUGGAUAGUCAUAGUCUUCCAGACGCACCCGCCCUUUUAGAGCAUAGCUUUCCGCCCUCUUCCGACAUACACUCCGCAGCCGAUGAAAGAGCUCCCCAUAAGCGGCAGCGUGUCGGACCCAGCUUGCCCAUCCCAAAUCAUUUGCCGCUCAAGCACAACUACCUCCUACCAGACUAUCAGUAUCAUCCUGCCGAAACUUCUACUGAAGAACGUCCCGCUGACUCCCUGGCUCAUGGGCAGGACAUGCCGUCUGACCCCGGCGAUUUUUUUGGAACCGGGUUCCGGAACAUUGAGAACCUCGACGACCUUGUAGCGCGCCUCGCAGGCGGAACACCAGGCUCGAAUGGCCUCGUGGUGGCAGGGGCUUCACAGGCACAUUCUGAUAUCCCGCAUGCGCUGGAUAGUCAUAGUCAUACCAUCGCGGGCGCUGGUCAGUCAGACGCACCCGCCCUGUCGGGCCAUACCUUGCCGCCCCACUCUGACGUAACGUCCGGGCCCAAACAAAGACCUUCUCGUAAGCGGAAUCGAAAACCCAAUCUUUGGGUAAAAACCCUCCGAUCACAGUCCGGUCGUGUUACAAGCCAGAAGCAACCACAACCCCCACGCAGCUUGUACGUUCCACGUCCUUCAAAAACGGACCCAGGGCUCUCUCGGAAGUUUCUUCCACAAGGAAGACUAGUGUUUCAUUCAAAUCUCUUUGCACCUGACAAUUCAUCGGAUGGCGUCCAACGGCGGGAAAUAGGUCCGAUUCAGCUAGCGCUUCAACAACUCCGAAAGGACGUACUCGUUAUCCCCGAGAGCGAAUUCACCAAGACCUAUCAGAUGUAUCUCGGGUCUAUCGACGCGCGUGAGUCCACCAAGCGGGGCGAGCCCAAGAUUGAUCAUACCGGAGCAGACCGAUCGAAAAGAUUGUUGGAUACACUACACGAAUUUGCGCCUCAUUGUGAGCAUUGGUAUCAACGUUGGUUCGAUGAAACUGGGAUAGACUUCAAACAUAAUCUCCUCGAAUCCCAAUUUGACGGUUUGAAGGACGUCGGGUUCAUCUUCCCCCUCUAUCUAUUUUAUGUUGAGAUGAUACUUUCGAUCGUCCCUAGGAAGAAGGAAGUCCCUCUUGACGUUGAACUUGUCCAGGCCCAAGAAUCCUUUAACCGCUUGACAAAGAUUUACAAAGACCCGAAAUCCCGCAGUGAUCCAAAGCUCAAUGACAUCGUCGAAACGCUCCGCAUACGAAGAGCACGUCGUGGAGAAACUAAAUAUCAUCCACUCCUCUGGAACUAUUUAGAUUUUUGGAUACUCUUCAUAAAAGAUACGUCUCAAAGAGAACACUUCAACCACAUGAUAAAAUAG